AUGCUCAACAUUUCGGAUGAUCCAGACUCGAACUUCAUGAGCCUACAAAUCGAAAUAUACUCGUCCCAAACUCGUUCCUGGAGACUCUCCGGUAAGUCUUUCCUUGCCCAUGUCAACACUGAGUUUGGUGGUGGGGUGUUUUGCAAUGGUGCCAUUCAUUGGCUUGGUGCAUGGAACAAUACUUCUUUCUAUUUCAACGUCCAAGACGAAGAACUUCGAGAUUUGCCAAUGCCUCCAAUUCCCGAUGAUUGGGAAGACCUUAGGCAGUGUCGGUAUUUCGGUGAAUCUCAAAACCAUUUGCAUCUUAUCGAAAUAUACCGACCUCCAACAACUCGAUUCACUGUGUACGAGAUUGAGAGUGAUUACUCUGGAUGGGAAGCAGAUGAUGAAGAAUCAUACAUGGUGCUGCAUAUACCCGAGAAGGCUAUACACUACAAUCUAAAGGAUGGCAGCUUCAAGAAGAUUUGUGAUUUAGAUGCAGAUGAAAAUGGUUAUAAGGGCAGCCCUGUUUUGAUUUCCUUGACAUAUUUUUGGGCUCAUCAUUUCAUCCAAACUCUCUCUCGUGUAUGA